AUGCGAAGACCUUGUUGGGUUGCUAGCUAACAUCCUCUUCAUCUGUGUCUCAUUUCCCAAAGAUAAAAGACUUGGGUUGUUCUUGAAUUGCAGUGGCAUUUGCAUCCCUGGUCUUUGCAACCACUAACAGUUACACAUCAAAUGUUUGUUUAUAUUUAACUGUUUAUCAAUGAUAAACAUAAUGCAAGUCAUUUAUACUGCAACACUUUAUGUUCAUGCAUUGCACAAAGGGUACAAUUGGCUUGUCCCAAUAGUGACAUGAUUUAGGGAUAUGUUAAUUAUUUUGAAUGCUAGAAAGUAAACACGUGUUUAAAUCAAUAUAAACAAAUCUAUUCCAAAUACCUAUAUAUUUUUUACAAAAUAUAAUAUGUCCCAGAGUUUUAUGUCAUUGGUAUUUCUGCCUUGAAAAUCGCUCAUUACAAAGAAGGAUCCUGAGUAUUCCCUCUAUUGGGGGAGGGGUCCACAAAAAAUAUAGACGUGAUAAUUCCAUUGACAAUUUGGUGUCUAAAACCAGUGUCACUUGGUGUUACUCAAUUUAAAUGAAAUAAAAUUACAUUGUGAGCAAUGUUAUUAAUCAUAUCACUUUAGUUAAGGAUCUUUAUAGGGUUAAUUACCUUAGAUUUGAGCAUCUCUGGUCUCCAUUACAUUUGUUUUUUAAUUUACCUAAAAUGUAUUAUUGGUGUUACUACCUUGCUGGUGGCACAAUGUUAUCAUAAAGGUAAAAAUGAUUUAAAGUCAUUAACCUGCCAUAAAGUCCAGAACAAUUAAGUAAAUUUUUCCAAAAUGCCAUGCCCAAAUGCCACUGCAAUUCAAUAACAUCCCACUUGCUACACCUUUUCAGAAAUCUACUGUUUGUUUGUAUACAGAUAUUGAAUUUGACACACCUACAUAAUAUCUGUUAUUCUAGGAUUGUGAGGACAGUGCCAGCCUGUCUCUUCCCUACCAACCUGAUCCCGAACCUACAGUCACACUGGGUCCUGACUGUAACAGUGGAGCUCAGUGCACAUUGCCUCCUCUUGCACUGCUGCUGGAAGACUGCAUUAAUCUGCUGGGGCCAAAUGCAGAGUCUAUGAAACUCGAGGAGGUAGCGUAGUAAGCGUACAUUACAAAAUGAUGUAGUACAUCAACGUAUAUUAUUCCAUUCGACACCACCUACAAUGCCUGUUUAUGUUGUCUUUUAUUUUAGGAUUGUGAGGACAGUCCCAGCCUGUCUCUUCCCCAUCAACCUGAUCCCAUUUCGCCCCUCAAGAGGGUGACAGUACUGCUGAAAGACUGCAGGAAAUCACUGAGUCCUGGCUGUAACAGUGGAGCUCAGAGGACACUGCUGCCUCUCAAGAGAGUUAGAGUACAGCUGGAGGACUGCAGGAAGAAGCUGGGGCCAAAUGCACAAUCUAUACAAGUUGAGGUUGUUGAUAGUAGAGGUUCAACUCAUCCAGGGAAUUUAUCAAAUUAGUAAACGUAUAAGCAUUUACUAAUAUUACUUUCUUCAAUAAUCGGCACAUAAGACGUGUCUUCCUGUGUUUCUAGACUGACUUGUUGACACUUAUGUUGGUAUGUUUUGUUGGAAAGUCAAUGAUUUGGACUUCCCCAUGAUCUUUGAUCUCAUAUUUUAUGUGGCCUAGAGGGUGACAUCUUCCUCACACAAAACGGCACUGAACUGUGGAAAAACACAUCACAAUACUCUGCAGUGUGGUUAAAGUUAGUCAUCUAUGUUUAAAAUUCAAGCUCUAGUUACAGUAUUAAAAUCCUGCCUUGUUAUGUGCUGUCUUGACUCCUGUCAAAAUGCUUUUUAUGCAUGGGACAAAUGUCAGCAUGGUCCUUUCGAAUGAUUUUAAAUGUUGUUCAAUGCUUCUCGUCUGGCUUGUCAUUACUGUGAUGUUGUUUGAAAUGAUUUAACAGAUUAACUAGAUUUAGUUAAUGAUAGUGAAUGUGUGUUUGGAUAAACCGACAGACCUAUGUGUUUAAUUUAGAUACUAUGUAUAAAGACUAGAUGUAAAAUAAAAGAUUUCCACGAAA